AUGUUGGACGUCCCACCAGCUGGAGCCAGAGCUGGAAUCCACGCAGCUGCGAACAUCUUGUCGGACUCCGAGAAAAUUGUAAGGGACCAGGUCCUGCGCGUCACGGCCAGGAACGAGGAGCAGAUCGCCCUGCUCAGGGUGCUGGGCGAGCAGGAGGAGCUGCAGGUGGACUUUUGGCGUCACCCCAACAUCCCCGGCCACCCCGUGGACCUGCGGGUGCCCUUCCCCAACCUCCAAGGAGUCAAAAAACUCCUGGAUUUCCGUAAUUUUUCCUACAGCAUCAUGAUCGAGGACGUGCAGGAAUUACUGGAUGAAGAAAAGGAAAGCAUGAGGAGGUCUAGGAGGGUAAAGAGAAGCUCCAGGACGUUCGAUUUCGCCUCCUACCACACGAUAGACGAGAUCUACGACUGGAUGGACGUCCUGGUGGAGGAUCAUCCCAAGCUGGUCAGCAAGAUCCAGAUCGGGCAGAGCUACGAGAACCGGCCCCUGUACGUGCUGAAGUUCAGCACCGGGGGAUCCAACCGUCCGGCCGUCUGGCUGGACACCGGCAUCCACUCGCGGGAAUGGAUCACCCAAGCCACCGGCGUCUGGACGGCCAACAAGAUCGCCCAGGAAUACGGGCAGGACCCCUCUGUCACGGCCAUCCUGGACAGCAUGGACAUCUUCCUGGAGAUUGUCACCAACCCCGACGGCUUUGCCUUCACCCACAGCUCCAACCGCCUGUGGCGCAAGACCAGGUCCAUCAACGCUGGAUCCCGCUGCGUCGGAGUGGAUCCCAACCGAAAUUGGGACGCUGGGUUUGGAGGUGCCGGCUCCAGCAGCAAUCCCUGCUCCGAGACUUAUCAUGGCCCUCACGCCCACUCCGAGAAGGAAGUGAGAGCCAUCGUGGAUUUCAUCCGCGCCCACGGGAAGGUGAAAUCCGUCAUCUCCAUCCACAGCUACUCCCAGAUGCUGCUCUUCCCCUACGGGUACAGGAGGGCGCCCGCACCCGACCACCAGGAAAUGAAUGAGCUGGCCAAGAAGGCCGUGAGCGACUUGGCCGCCGUGUUCGGGACAAAAUACACCUACGGCAGCAUCGCCAACACCAUCUACAUGGCGGGAGGCACCACCAUCGACUGGGCCUAUGACAACGGGGUGAAAUAUUCCUUCACCUUGGAGCUGAGGGACUCGGGGCGCUACGGAUUCCUCCUGCCCAGCUCCCAGAUCGUCCCCACCGCCACCGAGACGUGGCCGGCGCUCCUGGACAUCAUGGUCCACGUCCUGGAGCAUCCCUACUGACCCCAGCACCUCCCACAGC